UUUGCCAGUGUGUUUUGGACAGAGAUGUAGUAGGUGGCUGUCCCGACCGGCACCAUCACCAGUGCUAGUCCCACUCAAACUGGUGAUGCCCGUGCUGUGGUGUGUGCCCCAGUGGGAAGCCGGGGCUGGAUGUUGUCCUACCUGUGCAGGCUCCUGAGCCCAGUGGCAGCGCUGGGGCGGGAGGAAAGCAGGGUUUGCUUUAUGCUGACUCAAGCUUUUUUGGGGGAAAAAUUCCAAGUUAAUCCUCUAUUUUUUCCUUUCCUAGGUCCAAAUCCGCCCAGAUCCAGCCUUCCCGAACCCGCGCUAAGGCACGUUGCGGGCGUCGCGCCUGGCAGCAGCAACCCGGGGACCGGGACCGCUGACCCCGCGGUGACAGCGGCAGGAGGGGGCCCCGGGCGGCCGCCCCCCGGCGCGGCCGCGAGUGUGUGCGGGACGUGCCGCGCCGCCCCGCUCGCCAUGGCCGCCCCGCCCGCUCCCGGCUCCGCUCCCGGCCCCGCUCCCGGCGCCGCUCCCCCGCGGGAGGCCAAUGCGGCCGCGCACUGGGCCGGGCGCUGGUGCCGGGCGGCUCCCCCCGCCCGCCGGUGGACGUGCCGGUGCCGGCCGCGGUGGGCGGGCGCUGGGCCGGCCGCUCCGCUGCGCUGCACCCGCGGGGCACGGCGGAGGGCAGAGCGGCCCCGCGGCUCGGCCACCCCGGCGCGGAGGGGCGAUGCUGGCGCUGGGCUGCGCCUCGGAGUCUGGUAGCUUCAGCAAUCUGUUCGAGGCAGGAACCGGUGUGAACGCACCUGCAGAUGCCUUUGGUCAGUCUCCAGCUCACUUGGCUGCUUGUGGUGGUGAAGCUUUCUUCCUACUUUGGCAGCUGCAGACAGGCGCGAAUUUGAAUCAACAGGAUUGCUUUGGAGAAGCCCCGAUUCACAAAGCAGCAAAAGCUGGGAGUUUGGAAUGUCUUGCUCUCCUUGUUGCUGGCGAUGCCAAAAUUGAUUUGUGCAACAACAGCGGACAAACAGCAGCAGACCUCGCACUGGCUUACGGCUUUCUGGAAUGUGCCAAGUUCCUCACAAUAAUUCAGCACACUCAGACAAUGAAACAGAGAGGACAGUCUGGCUACCCACGCGGUGACAGACAUGGCUUGCCGAGAGAGAAUCCAGCUGCGCAGAAACAAGAAAAUCAAACCAGCAGGUCCAUAAGCAGGAAGCGGAGAAGAUCAGGUGAUAGCAUGAGGAGUUUACGUCCUUGGGAUACCACAGUAAUGACUUCACACAACAGAUAGGAAUUGCAAAAACCCCCAAAAGAACAGAAGCAAAAAAAAAAAAAAAAAAAUCCUCAAAACCCACCAAAAAAGCCAACCUGCACCCUUCCAAUAACAAAAUAAACAACUCUGCAAGACAGCAUUACAGGGAAGGAUAAGUUACAAAGAUUUUUCAAUAAUAGGAUUCUAAAUUAUUGACAUUUGGACAAAAAAGCUGCUGAAAGGACAAGAAUAUUUCAUACCAAAAUCUGGACUUCUAGCACCUUAAUUUGAGAGAUUAACACUGUCUUUAUGGAGUGCCAAAUACGGAUUGUGAAAACUGCUAAAAUUUUAUUAAAGCUGAAAAUGGUAUUUCAAUAUUCUUCACUUUAUAAAUGACAGCUGUCUUUGAAAUAGUUCAAUUAAGGUUACAGCAUUCUUACAAACGGCAUUUCUUACGUUACCAACAUUUCAGAUUAUUAAAACUUGUCUUGGAAACAAUUUGGCUAAUACUCUUCUCUUCAAAGCCAGAUAAACACUACUCUUCUGUGAUGGGAAGUUCUGGGGAACUGUAUGAACUUCUGCUCCUCUAGAGAGCAAAGGUCAGCUCUCGCGUUCUGACUUUAACAACAGUAACAAGAGCACCAUUUAGAGAAGAUUUUUCUUACCAGGUUUAAUAUUGAGCUUGGGAGAAAUACCAAGUGAAAAGAUACCAGCCAGACUAAAUUGUACCAUUUUCUAGGCUCCCUUGGGAAUAGCAUAGUUUUAAAUUUAUCUAGAGUUUUGAUUAACUCUUGCACAGCAAACAAUGAAUUCUAACUGAAAUGAAAUUCAUCAUAGGGAGGCCAUGCACUUUCAUCACCAUUCUUCAAUCCUUGAGC